AUGAUAUUCCUCGUAGCGGGAGUAUUGCACUCUACCGAACUGGCUGGAGUCAUGCAUGGUGGGCCAUGCAGAGAGCUUGCCGACAAGGAAAACGAACGAAAUCUGAUCCGAUCCGAAAAGCACAAGCCCAAGGAGUCGGAAAAGGAGAGGCGGAGGUGGCAGGAAGAGGAGGAAACAAGCCAAAGGAAAAGAUCAAAAUCUCCAGUCGAUCAGCGGACCCGGGUUUUGAUCAACAUAUUCGCCGUGGCCCAGAUCGAAGACAACUGGGAAUUUCAAUCGCUCGGCCAUGGCUGCAGAGCCGAUCGUCCGGCAUGGCUUGUUGCUGGAAUUCGCCCGUUUGACAGCGCGCCAGGGCAGCGAGCUGGUCGCUACGCACUAGACUCAGGCAUUGGUAUGGAUGGCGAACCCUGUGGACGGAACACCUCCUCUGCCAUGCUGCAUUUGACCCGCCAUACGAUAUAUCUAGUCCAUGGCGAGAAAGCUAAUUGUUCCAUUGGCAUAGCCAUACAAUUAGUCGUCAGCCAGUCCCUUGGAUUCAAGGUUGGUAGAUACCUUGACUCAGGCGGGAAGAAAAAAAGGUUGGUCCUGCAUGGACGGGUGGGCCCGGGCGAGGGAAAGAGAGGCGAGAAAGUGAGAGAGCUGAGGGGGGAUCAUCCAGGGGCAAAAUCUAGAAAUUGA